AUGCGGCUCAGUGGCGCGAGGCGGGCUUCUCGUGGUUCCGUGAAGCAUUCACCGUCUAUUCCGUACUCUGGCUCCUCACCAUUUUUGGCGAAUGUGGAGAAACGGAAGGGGAUCCGGUCAUUUAAGGCAGUAGACCUCGUUUCGCGUGCGGCAUCGGCAGUGUUACAGAAGAUAAUUCCAGGCCCUCCUACCCCGCCAAAGUAUGGCGACAUCCUCCGAGAAGUGCCCUAUCAUAUCCAAAACCGUGUUGUUGCCUUUUUUUCGAUUCAUCCAUGUUUUUGCGAACAUGUAUUUGGUGUGGGUCAUGAACAGUGCAUUCGAUUUACUCGGGGACCAUGGAUGAAUGAGAUAGCGGUCGUCGUGGGCGUGCGUGGCGGCAUCCUUUGGAUUCUGGGCAGUGACAGUACGGAGGUGGCACGCCCCCUUUACGACAUCGAACAACAUGGUUGGAACAAUGUGGAUCCGGAUUCUGCGCUACUGUCGCGGCUUCGCGAGGGAAUUGCGGAGGCAUGGAAGGAUGUCGAGUUAGACUACAACCCAGAGCAACGGGAAUUCCUGCAGAGGGCACCAGACUUGUAUGCGGAAGUUGUGGACGAUGAGGAUGGAGGCGAGGAGCUUGAUUUUUCAGAGUUAGGAUGGGACAAAGCGAGGACCGGUAGUGCCGCUGGCAAUGACGGCGCGGAUCAUGACGAGGGUAAGCCCUCACCUGACCCCCCGAAUAAUGUUAGAGGUGAAAAGGCGAAUAGCAGCAUUAAAAAUGGCGGGCUGUCCACGGCAAGGAGGCGUAUUAUUCUUGUACCACAGCUACUGCAGGUUACGGACGACAUUGGUUGGGCAGGGGAAGGCGUCGUGACGGUUAAUGGUGGCGGCGUGAAGUCGUUUUGUGCCUCCCUCUCAGCCUCGGUGUUGUUGUGA